AUGUCUACCAUACAGCGGCCUCCACCAAACAGGGGCCUCCACCAAACAGCGGCCUCCACCAAACAGGGGUCUCCACCAAACAGGGGCCUCCACCAAACAGCGGCCUCCGCCAAGCAGCGGCCUCCGCCAAGCAGCGGCCUCCGCCAAGCAGCGGCCUCCGCCAAACAGCGGCCUCCGCCAAACAGCGGCCUCCGCCAAACAGCGGCCUCCGCCAAACAGCGGCCUCCACCAAGCAGCGGCCUCGGCCAAACAGGGGCCUCCACCAAGCAGCGGCCUCGGCCAAACAGGGGCCUCCGCCAAACAGCGGCCUCCACCAAACAGCGGCCUCCACCAAACAGCGGCCUCCCACCAAACAGCAGCCUCCACCAAACAGCGGCCUCCGCCAUACAGCAGCCUCCGCCAAACAGCGGCCUCCACCAUACAGCGGCCUCCGCCAAACAGCAGCCUGCAGCACCAUAUAGUGAAGUCUCAGCACCACCCACAGCGGCCUCCCACCAAACAGCGGCCUCCACCAAACAGCGGCCUCCACUAUACAGCCUCCGCCAAACAGCGGCCUCCGCCAAACAGCAGCCUCCCACCAAACAGCGGCCUCCGCCAAACAGCGGCCUCCCACCAUACAGCGGCCUCCACUAUACAGCGGCAUACCAUAUAGCGGCCUCCACCAGACAGCGACCUCCAGGACCGUACAGCGAUCUCUUAACACCGUGCAGUGGCCAGUAG